CUUACACAUCUUUGUGACGAGAUACCCCAUCCUGCUUCUUCCUCUACAUAUUCAAUAGAAUCCUUCAUUACCAGGCCACCUAGUCCCUCAAACACUCCACCGCCAACAUGUCAUCCGGCGAGUCGUUCGAGUUCCAGGCUGAGAUCUCUCAGCUCUUGGGCCUCAUCAUCAACACCGUCUACUCCAACAAGGAAAUCUUUUUGCGAGAACUGAUCUCCAAUUGCUCCGAUGCCUUGGACAAGAUUCGCUACCAGUCCCUCUCCGACCCUAGCCAACUCGACUCCGGUAAAGACCUCCGCAUCGAUAUCAUUCCAAAUGCGGAGGCAAAGACCCUCACCAUCCGUGAUACCGGUAUUGGUAUGACCAAGGCUGAUCUCGUCAACAACCUGGGUACCAUCGCCCGCUCUGGCACCAAGCAAUUCAUGGAAGCCUUGAGCGCCGGUGCUGAUGUGUCCAUGAUCGGUCAAUUCGGUGUCGGUUUCUACUCCGCCUACCUUGUUGCCGAUAAGGUCACCGUCGUCUCCAAGCACAACGAUGACGAGCAGUACGUCUGGGAGUCCAGCGCUGGUGGCACCUUCACCAUCACCCCCGACACUGAGGGCGAGCAGAUCGGCCGUGGUACUUCCAUCAUCCUUCACCUGAAGGAUGAGCAAAUGGACUACCUUGGCGAGAGCCGCAUCAAGGAGGUUGUCAAGAAGCACUCCGAGUUCAUCUCAUACCCUAUCUACCUGCACGUCCUGAAGGAGACCGAGAAGGAGGUUCCUGAUGAGGAUGCUGAGGAGAAAGAGGUUGAGGAAGAUGAGGAGAAGAAGCCCAAGGUCGAGGAGGUUGAUGAGGAGGAAGAGGGCAAGGAGAAGGCCCCGAAGACUAAGAAGAUCAAGGAGUCCAAGAUCGAGGAAGAGGAGCUCAACAAGACCAAGCCCAUCUGGACCCGAAACCCGCAGGACAUCUCUCAGGAGGAGUACGCGAGCUUCUACAAGUCGCUCUCCAACGACUGGGAGGACCACCUCGGUGUCAAGCAUUUCUCCGUUGAGGGCCAGCUUGAGUUCCGCGCCAUCCUGUUCGUCCCGAAGCGCGCUCCCUUCGAUCUCUUCGAGGCCAAGAAGACGAAGACCAACAUCAAGCUCUACGUUCGCCGUGUCUUCAUUACCGAUGAUGCCACCGACCUCAUCCCUGAGUGGCUCAGCUUCGUCAAGGGUGUCGUUGACUCCGAGGAUCUUCCCCUCAACCUGUCUCGUGAGACCCUUCAGCAGAACAAGAUCAUGAAGGUCAUCCGCAAGAACAUCGUCAAGAAGACCCUCGAGCUCUUCAACGAGAUCGCUGAGGAUCGUGAGCAGUUCGACAAGUUCUACACUGCCUUCGGCAAGAACAUCAAGCUCGGAAUUCACGAGGACUCUCAGAACCGCCAGGCUCUUGCUAAGCUCCUCCGAUUCAACUCCACCAAGUCCGGCGAGGAGACCACAUCGCUCACCGACUACGUCACCCGCAUGCCGGAGCACCAGAAGCAGAUGUACUACAUCACCGGCGAGUCGCUCAAGGCGGUCCAGAAAUCCCCCUUCCUUGACAGCCUGAGGGAGAAGGGCUUCGAAGUCCUCUUCCUUGUCGACCCUAUCGAUGAGUAUGCCUUCACCCAGCUCAAGGAGUUCGACGGCAAGAAGCUGGUCGACAUCACCAAGGACUUCGAGCUCGAGGAGACCGAGGAGGAGAAGAAGGCCCGUGAGGAGGAAAUCAAGGAGUACGAGGACACCACCAAGGCCAUCAAGAACAUCCUUGGUGACAAGGUCGAGAAGGUCAUCGUCUCCCACAGCCUGGCCGCUUCCUCGCCGUGCGCCAUCCGUACUGGCCAGUUCGGUUGGUCUGCCAACAUGGAGCGUAUCAUGAAGGCGCAAGCUCUCCGCGACACCUCCAUGAGCUCCUACAUGAGCUCUAAGAAGACCUUCGAGAUCUCCCCCAAGUCCCCGAUCAUCAAGGAGCUCAAGAACAAGAUCACUUCCGAUGGCGAGGAUGAUCGCACCGUCAAGAGCAUCACCCAGCUGCUGUUCGAGACUUCCCUCCUCGUCUCCGGAUUCACCAUCGAGGAGCCCGUCGGCUUCGCCCAGCGUGUCAACAAGCUGGUCAGCCUGGGCCUGAACGUCGACGAGGAUGUCGAGACUGAGGAGGAGGCGGCCGCUGAGACCGCCGAGGGUGCCACCGCCGAGGGCGCCACCGAGAGCGCGAUGGAGGAGGUUGACUAAGUUGGACGCGGUCCAUGGCUACAUACCCCCGCGCCCCUCGGAUCGGACGCUUUCUGAGGAUGUUCGCUUUUGCCCCUUUCACUUCUCGGUUCUGAUGCCCGCGACACGACUAAUCAAUCCUACACACAUGGCAUGUUUUCUCAUGGUGGAUGGAACGGCAGGAGUCUAGGAUUGGUGGUAGUCGCCCUUUUCAUGCU